UCCUUCGGUCACACUGCAUCACUGUUUACUCAACCAUUAUUUCGUAAUUUUAAAGUCAUAUUUUAUCAAUGAAUUAAGAUAAGGCGGGAGUAGACCGACACCCCCAAAUGACUUCACAGAUCUACAGCCAGAAGAAGUUCGUGCCCACGCCGCCGGAGAAGGGCUCCUUUCCUUUGGACCACGAAGGACUCUGCAAGAAGCAGUUUCUGCUCUACGCCAGUUGUCUUCGCAAAAACGCACAGGAUACGAGCCAGUGCCGCCAGGACGCCCAGAAUUAUCUGGCCUGUCGCAUGGAAAACAAUCUUAUGGAGAAAACCGAGUGGUCAAAGCUGGGCUUUCACGAACAAAACCAAGAAUCCAAUCAAAAGCAAAAAGAGGAGAAGCAAAAGCAAUAG